AUGACCGAAGCCGCUAGGAAGCGUUUCUUUCAAAUCCAUGAGCUUGAAGAGCUUAGGGAUGCGACUUAUGCUCGAUCGUUGGGAAUUAAGGAGAAGACGAAAGCUUCACAUCAUAGGAAGCUAAGGAAGGUUAAGGAAUUUAGCAAAGGUAAUAAAGUACUUCUCUACAAUUCAAGAUUGAAGUUGUUUGCGGGGAAGUUGAAGUCGAAGUGGUUUGGACCUUAUAUGGUUCAUUACGUGUUUCCGUACAGAGUGGUGGAGAUUAUGGAUGAAUCGGAUGGCCGAAGUUGGAAGGUGAAUGCCCAUCGUUUAAAACACUACAUUGGAGGAGCAAUAGACAAGAACGAGAUGGAGGAAACUCCUCUCGAAAUUCCAUCAAAAGCCGCCAUUUAG